AUGUCAAUGAUCAACAAGUUCUUACAAAGUGUAGUUAUCAGAAACGUAUCUGCUUCUGUUGCUUCAACUACCUUUAGAUCAUCAGCUGUUACUGCUUCAUCAUCAUUCCUCUCCUCUUCUAAACCAAUCGAUUUCAACAACGAACAAGAUACAUCAAUGGAGACUGUUAUGAACAAGACAUCAAGAAAGACACUCAAGAAGCACAGACGUAGAAUCAAUGGUACAAAGUCAAACAUGAGAAGAAACUAA